UAUAGAUGAUGACAAUGUGUGCUCCAACUGAAAAUAAAUAGAUACAGCUUUCGGCACAACUGUCUGCUCAUGAACGAAGACAGCGCCCUCAUCGAUGAGCUCUUGUACCUGAAGGAGAACGGUUGCCAGUCUUUGGUCGAGCAGACGAUCUACGGUCUGGGCCGAAACGUGGGCAAGUUGGUCGAUUUCUCGGUCGCUUCAGGUGUCCAUAUCAUUGCUGGAACAGGCUACUAUUACUCAAGCACACACCCACCGGAAGUAGACGGGAUGACACAGGAAGAGAUUGAAAGGCUCCUGACCUCCGAAAUCUUGGUGGGAGCCGAUGGCAGCAUGGGUCGUUGCGGACUUAUCGGCGAGAUAGGCUGCACGUGGCCGAUGACAGCUAAUGAGCGGAAGAUUCUUCGCGCCACAGCUGCUGUUCAGUCGACGCUUGGCUGCCCGGUGUCCAUCCACCCAGGCCUGGAUCCUAAAUCACCCGAAGAGGCGGUGCGAAUAUUGCAGGAGGCCGGGGCGCAGGUCGACAAGAUUGUCAUGGACCAUCUCGACACAUGCUUCUUCACUAGAGAGGGUCUGCUGGAGUUUUCCGAGCUUGGCACCCUGCUAGAGUUCGAUUUCUUCGGCACUGAGGUAGCACACUGCCAGUACCACCCGGAGAUCGAUUCCAUGAACGACGGGCAGAGGAUCCAGAUGAUCAAAAGCCUGGUGGAGGAAGGGAUGGAAGACAGGGUGGUCAUAUCCCAUGACUUCCACGGAAGACAUCAGAUGAUGAAGUACGGCGGCCAUGGUCUGUCUCACAUCAGUCUCCACGUCCUGCCAAAGAUGCGAGCCAGGGGACUGUCGCAAGCCGUCAUCGAUAAAAUCACGAAGACCAACCCACAGAGGUGGCUGACGUUUAAAUGAGUCUGACGACAAAUCCACCAACGGGAAAGCAAGCACGAAUUAUUCACCGUGGCCUGCUGCGGGGUUGUGAUGGAAUGGUCGUUGCACAAUCUCUUGGCGUACGAAAACUUCAAGGGGGAAACCUGAAAUGGAAGGCUCUGUGGUGAAAUGGUACUGAGUCGAGAAGCCACUGCGCUGUCAUUAAAUUCACUCGGACAUCGAACGGGUUCAACUUUUAACACGCGGAAAGAGCGGAGUACUAGCUCCUAACCCCGGUCGCUGAUACUGUUGAUACGAACGUUAUUUGGACAGUAACAAUUCAAAUUGCUAUACUUAGAACUGUGUAGCAUGCACGAAUUUAUCAAACGGAAUCCUGACGCAAUUAAAUGAGUUAUUGAAUUGUUGUCGAGAACUAGUAAGUUAAAAUGCAUUUCAUGAGACAGAAACACGUAAGACAAAAGCCCCCAAACAGCUCCUAUCUAAAUAGAAAUUAAAAAAAAAACGAAUCUCACACUUGUAAGAAAACGAUGAAUAAAUAAGCUAAAUAUAAAACUCUUAAG